AUGUAUACGUUCUUUACUUUAAUAGUCGCUUUUUUAGCGGUAACCGCUCAUGGAGUUCCAAGCAAUCAUAUUGUUGGCGGAAAUGAUGCGCCAAUCGGCAAGUUCCCAUAUCAAGUAUCUCUGAGAAGAUCGGAAAGACAUUCCUGUGGUGGAUCCAUCAUCAAUCAAUACACCAUUCUCACCGCCGCUCAUUGUAUAUCAAGCUAUCGCUCGAACCCCGAUAGUCUGGAAUCGUUAACUAUUCACGCCGGCACAAAUCUGCUAAGCGAAGAUGGUGCCGUCUAUAAAGCUAAACAAGCCAUUGUUCACGAGGAUUUCAGUGUUAUUAGAUUAGUCAAUGACAUCGGUUUACUUAUUCUAUCGACUCCAAUUGAAUAUACCAAAUAUAUACAGCCUAUACCACUUGCAACUACCGAUGUUGCUCCCAGUGGCUCUUCCUGCACUUUAUCUGGAUGGGGAACACUUAAGGUUGGUGGUUCAGUUCCUAACAAAUUACAAGAGAUUGAGUUAAAUAUUUAUGAUCACGCUAGAUGCAAAGAAAAACAGAUGAGGUUACAACCCAGUCACAUUUGCACAUUUACCAAAGCAGGCGAAGGCGCAUGCAACGGAGAUUCCGGUGGUCCUCUUGUUUGGAAUGGUGUUCAGAUCGGUAUUGUCUCUUUUGGUGUACCAUGUGCUAUGGGAUGGCCUGACGUAUUCACUAAAGUGUCCUUUUUCACGGAAUGGAUCCAAAAACAUAUUGUCGAAUAAUAGGAUAAAACAAUA